GAAGAGGAAGCGAAGGCAACCGAAGCGACGAAGGAGUCCCUAAUCUACGCGAGAUAAAACGUAAGAUAGGAGCAGCGGGCCGAGAGCAGAUAUCUCAGUCAAGGAAGGAACGGAGCAAGAAUCGGCAAGGUGUAACCAUGAAGUCGAGCAUCUGAUCGUUCCCUUUGCGAGGAAGGCCGAUCGUAACUGAUCUGACUAAGGGUGACCUUGAGCAAGAUGGUCAGGAGGGCGCUGCUACUGCUCUCGCUGGUCCUCCUCGGUGCCUUCGACGCUCCUGGCAUCGAGAGAGCCCAUGUCAGAUAUCUGGCGAUGGCUGGUAACACCUGUAACGCUUGCAGGAUGCACGAGGAGAUCAGAGCGCUCAGCCUCGAAGCCAUCAAGGAACAGAUUCUGAACAAGCUGGGCUUGAAGCAAGCGCCGAACAUGACGGGUAGGGCUCUGCCGAGAAUCCCGCCGAUCUCCAAGCUGAUGGACAUGUACGGGAUGCAGGCCGAUCAACCGCAACCUCUGGAACCUGGUAUUACGCACCACGAGGAGAUCGACGAGUAUUCUGCUAAAACGGAGAGCGUCUUCGCCCUGGCUCAACCACAUCAGAGGCUGAGGCACUCGAAGGGCAGCCUCGACGUUCUCUACUUCAAAUUCUCCGACAAGGUGGUUCAGCAUCGCGUGACCAGGGCGGAGCUGUCCUUGUGGAUAUGGGGUACCGGCCAGGAUGCCGGUGAACUGGACGAACCGGGGGACGCGGAGAGCUCCGAGAGUCACGAAGACGGUCCAGUGACGAUCACGUUGCAAAGGAUCCUUCGCGGUGUCACCGAGACCGGCGGUCCGUUGCUGGGUCCGGCGUUGACCACCAAACACCCUCGACCUAUCGGUCGACGGGGUAACUGGGUGACGAUCGAGCUGAGAAGAAUGGUGGCCGAAUGGUUUAAGCACCCGAGGGACAAUUUGGGAGUAGCCUUGAAGAUAUCCGGCCCCGGUGGAAAUCAUCGUAGGAAUUCUAAAUUAGUCGAGACCAAUCCUGGGGCGGAAUACGCGCCGUACCUCGAGGUGCAGACGCAAGAGCUCGACUCCAGAAGGGGGGCGAGGAUCAAAAGAAACGUAGGACUUAAUUGCGACGAAGCCAGCCAGGAGACCAGGUGCUGUCGAUAUAAACUCACCGUGGACUUCGAGAAAUUUGGCUGGGACUGGAUAAUCGCGCCCAAAAAGUACGACGCCAAUUACUGUUCGGGCGACUGUCCAAUGGCCUUUCUGCAGGCCUAUCCGAACACCCACAUCAUCAGCCUGGCGGAACCGCCUAACAACACUGGUCCGUGUUGCGCCCCGAGGAAACUCUCCGAGAUCACGAUGCUAUACUUUGACAACGAGUACCAGAUCGUGUUCUCGCGGUUACCAGGGAUGGUCGUCGAAAGAUGUGGAUGCUCAUAGUCCACCUUCCGGCUCGACGGGGAGCAACGACGACGAGGAGGAUGUCGAGGAUGCCGUUCGACCAGUUUCACGAUACGCGAUAAUCGUGUACGGUUAAAUUUUUUUUUUGUACUCUUCGAAGGACUUUCGAUUACGUUGAUCGUUGAUCUUCGUCUUCGUCGUCGUUCUAUUCUCGACGAUUCCUCAUUCGAUAGACUGAAAGUGCCUUGUUUGGGAUGUGUUGGUGCCGCGAUACUCCCUCUUGGAGACACGAAGGACGAACAUUUUCGUCCGGAUAACGAACGCAGCAGAAGGGACGGAUCGGAAGUUCGACUAAGACGCUUUCCGACGAGUUAACACGACAGGCACCUCGAUACUGGUCCAUGGUUCAUGGCAAGGCGGAUAGUUCCUAGAGUCACGGUAUUAUUUUUAAGGUGUCGAUGCGUUUGCACCUGAUCUAAGAGAACGACCACGAAAGAAUUAUUUUUUAUACGGGAGCUUGUUACAUUUUUGAAAAUCUCUCUGGUGAUCAUUUUUUGAUAAUCCGACUUUGUCGACGAUAGAAUUUGCACGCGGACGUGCAGAAUCGAAAGCAUUUUAUUAACAGUUUGCCCCUUGCACAUCGAUGCCUUUCCAAAAGAGAGAGAGAGAGAGUGAGAGAGAGAGAGAGUGUGAGAGAGAGAGAGAGAGAGAGAGAGAAAGAGAAAGAGAGAGAGAGAGAGAGAGAGAAAAAGAAAAAAUCUAAACGAGGAUACAAAGAAAAAGCGAUUCGUUUCCGGCAGAGUCGUCGCGUUGAUCGGUGAAAACGUGUUGGCCAAAAGAUCUCGGUGUACAGUGAAAUCGUUGUUUUUCAAUGUUCUCCAUUUUUCGUUUCUUAUACGAUCUCGUUCAUACCCCCACCCUUGUCUAUCUCACUGUCUCUCUUUACAUAUACAUACGUAUACAUACUUUCCUUUUCUUGUUUCUCCUUCUUUUUUUUAGCGAAGCAUGUGAGUGCGUGUUCGAGAGUGCGUGUGAGGUUUGUGUAAAUAUGUCGUACCUAAGCUGCCGUUCUAUGUCGCUUCUCCUACGAAUCUUGACGAGUCUUUAAUUCGAAGGAUCCACGAGUACGUUACUUAUACAAUAUAGGCGAACGUGUCUUGAUUUUCUUUUUUUCUAACGCGAUUAUGUAUAUCUUUAGGUACGUUUGUAGAUACGAGCUCUGUAUCACCCGGCCAAUCGCACUCGGAAACACGAAUUAACGCUGUGUCCCGACACAGUCGAUCGAAUUAGUACGAAUUUUGUGUCUGGCGAGAGAACAAAUUUCCACACAUGUAUCGGUAGCUAGACCGUCGACGGAGCGCAUCAGUGGCAAUUAUAAUUUAUAUAUGUAUGUAUAUCGUGGCCAACUUUUGUCCUUCGUCGCUCACGAUCGAAGAACACGAUUUCCGGAAGGACGACGAAGUUCGACGACGUUGUUUUUCAACCACGUCUGUUUGUGAUUCGGUAAAUUAUGGUAGUAUCGUUGUGAUAUCUAGUUGCUUGGCCCUAAACUACGCCGACCGAGAGAGCGUCCCAGUAUUCGGAAGAUUUUUAGACUUUUUGUAUCUUCGAGUACUCACGGAACCUCAGAACUUUUUCGUAACUCUUGUACGGAUAGAAACGUUUUCCUGUGAUUCUUUUUUUUUUUCGUCUAGAGUAAACGUAGACAUUUUACAACGUUAGGAUUAGUCGAUCGAAAAACUCCUUUCAUGUUUCUCCCUUCGCGAGCUUCGAAUUUUCCAAUCACUCGCACCCGCGGCUCAAUUUCUGCGAGAUAUCGCCGCGAAACGUUCAUCUGCACAUCAUUUUUCAUUUUUUUUUCACGCGCGAGCACGGAAGGAGAGUAAAAAUAAAGCAUCCUUGCAGUUUGUAUUUUUUUUUUUCAUUUCGUUCGAAGCGACCUGUACGCCGUAAGAUAGAGAAAUCUUCUUAAAAAAUUGGUGUUCUUCUCCUUCCCUAUUUUUAAACCUCCCAUCGCCCGCGUACCCUAUUUUUCUACUCCCCUCCCCCCUCCUUCUAUUCUUCAUCGCUCCACCUAUGUGACUGCUACUUUCUCUCCUCGCCUGAUUCUCAUUUCUUCGUUUGUUUGUCAGUGUACCUAUAAUUAAAAAGUAAUGGAAUUGUGUACUCCCAGUAUCCAAA